AUGACAAACUAUCAGAUCGACACUCCUGCCAAGGUGAUAGGGCCGGUUUUCAUUGGCGUCCUUUGGGGUGCAACUGGGCUCUCUUUCCUCUUCGUUGCAGCGCGCACGUUGGCUCGUAUCUAUACCUUCCGACGUCUGUGGUUUGACGAUGCCUUCGCUGUCGGAGCGUGGUUGAUGCUUCUAGCUCAAGGGAUCAUCUGGCAGACCCAGGUGGACUCGAUGUACCUUCUUUUUCAGGUCGAUGCUGGCAACCUUAUGCCGACGCCCGAGAUCCUAAAUCGCCUGGCACAGCUGGAGCGAGGCGAGUGCGCCAUCCUUAUCCUCUUUUACUCGUCUCUGUGGUCGAUCAAAGCCUCGUUUCUGCUCUUCAUCCGGCGGAUCGGAGGUACGGAUCGUUCAUGGCGCAUCUGGUUUUGGUGUGUUGUUGGCUUCACCGCUGCGACAUAUCUCGUCUGUGUGGGGGACGUUCCGUACCCCUGCCUGCUGAGAGACCAAGCCUAUAUCCUGGAAAAUUGCCCGAAAAAAGCAGCUGUUCUGUUUCAGUACUACACUUUUAUCAUCAACCUGGUGUUAGAUGUCCUCACUGAUCUCACCAUUAUCAGCCUCCCGAUCACCCUACUAUGGAAUGUCCGACUUCCCGUCCGCCACAAGAUGAUUCUGAUUAGUAUUCUGUCUUUGGCAGUCCUCAUCAUCAUCGUAGCGAUUGUGCGAGUGGCUGUCGUUGCUACAAAGGAGAAAAACUCCGACAUGUCCUGGCUGUGGAUGUGGAGCUUUAUCGAAGCCACUGUCGCUAAUAUCAUUGCAUGCGUUUGCUCCUUCCGCCAGUUGUUCGUGAAGCAGGACAAGAGCCGCGUUUCGGUAUUUCCAGGAUAUUGUCAUACAAAGUACCCAUCCAUGGAUGCUAAACCGGGGUUUCAGCGCGUUCGUACCGGGUCGGAGGGAAGCUCUGAUCUCCAUCUCACUGCUUAUGAUAGUCAGCACGAGCUAACACCUGUUGUAUAA